GAUAAAAUCGGAAUUAUUCUGAGAGACGUUAAAACACAACAAACAACGGAUUUUCAUUUUUUUUUCGUGGGUGUUCGUCAAGCUUUAAGUUUUUCGCGAAUUCAUUCAGUGGUAAUUCAGUAGAAAAGAAAAGUGUUUAUUUUGCGAAGAAUAGAAAAAAAUUGUUCAUGGAGCUUCUUGGGUGAUUUCAAUUCCAAUAAAUCCAGCAAUGAUACUCUCAAGAGCAAAACCGGCACUAUCAGAUGCCUCCAGAAAGCCCAUAGCUCGAAAAGACAUUCCAAAGCUCGAGGAAUUCCUAGAAAAACGUGAUUAUGCAGGUGCUCUGGCGCUAAUCGAGUUCAAUGCCAACAGUAGCAAUGCUCUUGAGACUGAAACCUGGAUUGGCUACUGUGCGUUCCACUUAGGGGACUAUAAAAGAGCUGCUAGUGUGUACGAGGGUCUAACGAAGAAAGACAAAGCUCCAGCCGAUGUGUCCACGAACUUGGCCUGUUGCUACUUCUACCUCGGAAUGUAUCCAGAAGCUAAAGAAGCUCUCAGCAAUGCCCCGGAGAGCAGUCUCAAGACUAGACUUUUAUUUCACUUGUCCCAUAAAAUGGGAGACGAGAAUACCCUUCUGGAGUACCAUGAGAAGCUGAGGGACAUCAUUGAGGAUCAGCUCUGUCUCGCCUCGAUUCAUUAUCUCAGGGCACAUUAUCAGGAAGCUAUUGAUAUCUAUAAAAAAAUUCUUCUUGACAAUAGGGAUUAUUUAGCUUUGAAUGUUUACGUAGCUCUCUGCUACUACAAGUUAGACUACUACGACGUCGCACAAGAGGUCCUUCAAGUGUACCUCCAAAAAUACCCUGACAGUGCUAUCGCGAUAAAUCUGAAAGCCUGCAAUCAUUUUCGUUUAUACGAUGGAAACACUGCGCAGGCCGAGAUGAGGCAGUUGGUGGAGAAGACAGCAUCUACGUACAGCUUCGGGCAUGACUUGAUUCGACAUAACAUUGUGGUCUUCAGAGAUGGAGAGGGAGCUCUGCAGGUCCUUCCCGCCUUAGUAGACGUAAUACCGGAAGCAAGACUCAACCUCGUUAUUUAUUAUUUAAAACAAAAUGAUAUUCAAGAGGCAUACGAUUUAAUUAAGGACCUGGAGCCAGCAGUUCCUCAGGAAUACAUUCUGAAAGGGACUGUUCAUGCACUAAUUGCUCAGGAGACCGGCUCUAGAGAUAGCAUCAAGGUAGCUCAACAAUAUUUCCACCUCGUGGGCUCAUCAGCCUCCGAAUGUGACACAAUUCCAGGAAGACAUUGCAUGGCUGCCUGUUUCUUUCUUCGCCGACAGUUCGAAGAAGUUCUCGUGUACCUCAAUUCCAUCAAAACUUAUUUUUCCAAUGAUGAUAGCUUCAAUUUUAAUUACGCCCAGGCGCAGACAGCCUCGGGGUAUUUCAAAGAGGCUGAGGAGGCUUUUCUGAUGAUCAGGACUGAGCGAUACCGGAAUGAUUAUGUUUAUACUAGUCUACUGGCUUAUUGCUUUAUAAUGAAUAAAAAGGCUCAACUAGCUUGGGACUUGUAUCUAAAGAUGGACACAUCGACUCAGUCAUUUAAUCUACUUCAGUUAAUCGCCAACACUUGCUACAGACUUGGAGAAUUUUGGUAUGCAGCCAAGGCUUUCGAUAUGUUGGACAGAAUGGAUCCAUCGCCGGAAUACUGGGAGGGUAAACGAGGAGCUUGCUGUGGGACUUUUCAGUAUAUUGUGGCUGAAAAACAUCCCAAAGAAAUGGUGUCGGAAGUCAUUCAACUCCUUAGAAAUACUACAAACUCUCAGGUGGAGCAGAUUAUUCGAGUCAUGAGGAAAUGGGGAAAAGAUCACAGAGUGAAUUGUUAAAAUUCAAUUGUGUAAUUUCAUCGUAAUUAAUAACGUCAUCCAUUCAUUAGCCUUAUUUAUACUAAGACAUGUAAUAAAAUUGAAUAACUUAAAUACUGAUGUUCGAAUACCGACAUUGUUUACGGCAAUAGAGAAUCAUUGCCUUCCACAAGAUGUUACAGCCUGAUAAAUAAUUUUAUCAUCACUCAAAACAAAUGUCUUAUCACAGCAAUCAGCGAAGAGUGGAGAUACUCAAGUCUUUCUCACGCACAAAUUCCAAUCAUCAAAAAGAAUACAGACCUAGCCAUCAUGAUUUACGGUGACUAAUCUCACAAAUCGAAUUUUUUUUAUUGAGAGUCAGUGAAUAAUGUCGCCCUGAACUUAUUAUGUGGCGCACAGUUGUUGGCAAACGUUCGAUUUAGUUGGUGUACGUCGUAUCGUAAAUAAAAGCUGUUAUAAUUGGUUUCUGUCAUGUGACGAUCACACGACGUGUCACCGACGUGUCAUAAAAAUUUUA